UCUAGUGUGGAUGCUAAUGCUAUCCUAAUGUUGCUCUCUGUCUGCUGGAAUAAAAGGCAGUUUGCAACAAUAGCCUCAUCAAGUGCACCAGUGGUAAUAUGCCACUAUUGUUCCCUCUCAGGGAACUCAAGCUGCGUGGAAACGCUGUGGGAAUGCCUCUGCGUGACCGCGUCAUGAAGCACGUGUGAAAUCUAACCAAUGGCGAGCUGGUACGUCAUAGCCGGGCGACGCCAGGACCAGGAAGCUAUAAAGGGACCCGAAGGGCAAGCCCAUUCAUCUCUGUGCCUUCAUCAAGUGCGUGUGAAGUGAACUAUGGCUGAGCGUUUUGUCCAGUGUGCCCCCCCCUUGCACCCGUUUUAUUACGGGCAAGGACUCGCACACUUUGUGUGUCGUCUGCUUGGGCGUGGAGCACGCUCAGCUAUCCUUCGAGGGGGCUAGCUGUGGAGAUUGUGAGCGCUUUUCUGGGCGCACGCGUCUCUCUCGUCGAGCCCUCUUUGAGGAGGGCGGCUCGAUGGGACGCGCUCCCCGCGGCUCAGGUCCCGCUCGUGCCUAGGCAGAGCGCCGGUUGUCUUCGUGGAGAUCGCAGGUGGACCCCGCGGAGGGUCUCGGGACGGGAAAGUCCCGUCUUCCUGCGGGAAAGUCCCGGCUUCCUGCCUGCAUACGAUGGCGCUUGUCCAGCCGUUUCAGGCGGAGCUGCUUGCUGACAUGGCCGAGGGAAAGGAGCUAACGCUUGAGGUAGUACGUGAGCUGCAGCACACGGCUGACCUCGCGUUGCGAGCCACCAAGGAGAUGGCCAAGUCUGUUGGCCCCUCCAUGGGAGCCCUGGUAGCCACUGAGAGGAACCUGUGGCUGAGCCAGUCCAGGCUCCAUGCGGAGAGGCGGCAGGCUGCGGCGCUCGAUGCAUACCUUCCCCGUCGACGCCACGUCCGCGGGGCUGCUCAAGGGCAGCCCCGGCCGCCGUUAAGCUUGCAUCACCUGGCGCAGCAGCCCUCCCCUAUAUAUAGCUAUGGAAACUAUCGGCGUGGCCCCUGAGGGGGCCCGCCUCUUAGGAUCUGGUCUCUCGACCGAGGUCGUAGAGAGUUCUAGACCCAAGACCCGAGACCCGCUUCGUAUGCCGUUAGGUGGAGGCUCAAUUUGCCACUUGGUGUGGGGAAUGACUGCUAGACCCAGUUAACUGCCCGGUCGGUUCAGUACUGGAGUUCCUGCAGGAACGUUUCUCCACAGGUUUAUCCCCGUCUACUAUCAAAGUAUAUGUGGCGGCCCUGUCGGCAACCCAUGCCCCAUGAUGGGCGUUCUCUGGGGAGACACCCACUGGUAUCCCGCUUCCUCCGUGGCACCAAGAGGCUGAGGCCAGCAGCCAGCACGAGAGUACCGUCCUGGGACCUGGCCGUCGUACUAGAAGGACGUCAGGAUGUCGGCUAUGCACUGGGAGGCCAGGCGGCGCCAAAGCGUUCUGGACCGCAGGAUGGCCAGAGACAGACAGCAGCUGCUGCAGAGGGAUUCUGACACCGGCUGCAAUGCAACCGAACCUAAAACAACACAAGAGCAAACAGUGGGUAGCCAGUGUCCCCACUGUAAGGGCAACCUGAAGACACCUGUCCAUAGCAGCGCCAAGAUCCCUGACAGAUAUUCAUCUUUACAGUACAAUCAGCAAUGGUGAAGAAGAUGAGGAACACCAUUGUUCAAUGACAGCAGCACACAACUACUGGACAAUUUGGCUAUGGCAAAACUGCACCAUUGUGUGAUUAUAAAAGAAUAUAUAUAUAUAUAUAUUAUUAUUUUAUCUUUAUUGUAGCACUCCUAUAACUUUACAUCGUUGAAGACAACAUACACAGAUAAACAAAUAUCUGGAGGGCAUUUUAAAUGUUUCAAAAGGCUAUGGCUAUUAAAGCGAAACAAUAUAUCCCCUCUUUUCCAUCUUCUCGUCCUCCACCAUCCCCGGAGUCUUUGUCAACUACUUUACAAAAAAUGGAUGACAAACAGUCCUCUUUCUUAAACCCAUCUCCUAUUACUUGUGUUUCACCAACUUCACCUCUAUUGCCUUUGCUUCCCUUUCACCCCCUUGUCUCCUAAUCAAGUUCUUACGUCAGUGACCUCUGCCCAUCCGACCUCCUCCCCUCUUGCCCCCAUUCCAUCCCAUAUUCUACAAUCUAUCACUCCUGACCUUCUUCCUUUCCUCACCUGUCUCACUGACAAUGCUCUGUUAUCUGGCUGUUUCCCCAACUCUCUGAAGGAGGCAAGAGUUAAGUUUAAGUUUUAGUUUGGGUUCAGCGCUGGCCAGAGGUGGAAAGUAACGAAUAACAUUUACUCGCGUUACUGUAAUUGAGUAGUCACUGCACUGAUUGAGUGAUGAGCGGGAGAACGGACGCGCUAAACAAGAAUGAUGGAGACGGACAAAACAGAUGCAAACCCAGCUGAAAUCGAAUGAAAAUACGAAGCGUAGCCGCUAAACCGCGCCACCCCGCCCCCCCCUGUCAGCGCCACCCCCUGU